AUGUUUCCUGAAGUGCCUGGGUCUACGGAGGCGGACAAACCCAAGAAAGGGGGACAAAAGGGUGUGAAGAAGGGAGAAAAGAGAACAACUGAUAAAGAAGGACCUUCAGCAGCUGCGAAACCACCUACAAAGAAAAAGGCGAAAGUUGCUCCUUCUACUGCUGCUCCUAAAAGGCGAAAGCAACUUGCUCACAAGCCUUCUGGAGAACCUGCUGUUUCAGUCAACGCAUCUGAUGUGGGGGCUAAAACUUCAGGCUUUCAAUUAUCCCAUGUCUCUCCACCCGUUUCUCCAAUACACCAAGAUGAUCCUAACAUGAUCUAUGGGCAUGAUGAGGAUGAGUUGGCAGGGUUUACUUAUACCCCAUUCACUGUUCGCAAUGAAAGUGAUGAUGAAGCACCAGUUACAAAGGGGCAAUUGAAGGCAAUAAACGAAACACUUGACACUCAGCUUCAGGUUUCUAAACCAUCUUCUUCUUAG